AUGAGAUCAAGAAUUUCGGCAACAGGACCAAUGACAGUUGCUGAAUACAUGAAAGAAGUGUUGACAAAUCCAAUGUCUGGUUACUAUAUGCAUAGAGAUGUCAUUGGGAGUUCUACUGAUGCUUCUGUGGCCUCCUUGGAUGUUUCUCAACUAUAUGGUGAAUUGCUUGCAGAAUGGUGCCUUAAAGAAUGGAAAAAAAUUGGUAAACCACGUCCAUUGUAUGUAGUAGAAGUAGGACCUGGAAGAGGAACUCUCUCUGAUGAUAUGUUAAAAGUAUUUUCUCAGUCAAAUGAUGCACGUGAAGUAGUUUCUCUACAUUUAGUUGAAGUCAGUCCACAUCUUAGUCAAUUGCAAGAAUUACAACUUUGUGGUACUGUGAGUGUUGUAAAAGAUGUUUUAGAAGUAGAUGAUUCUAGACGCCAUUUACAUCUUCAUGCUAAUCGUGAUAGUGAUGAACUUAUGUAUAAACAUAAUAUAACUAAACAUGGUGUUCCUGUAUCUUGGUAUCGUCAUUUGGAAGAUGUUCCAAGAGGUUUUUCAUUUUACAUUGCUUAUGAGUUAUUUGAUGCCCUGCCUAUUCAUAAAUUUCAGAAAACACCAGAAGGAUGGAGAGAGGUUCUUAUAGAUAUUAAUGAAGGGCCUGGUGAAAAUCAUCUUCAUUAUGUAUUAUCAAGAGGACCAACUCCAGCUAGCCAGUUCUUUAUUGAUGUAAGUGCAUAA